AUGGAAGUGGUUGAAGCAAUUCCUAAGCGGCUUGCUUUGAUUUCAUACAUUAUUAAGUAUACGUACGUGCAUGAUGACCUCAUUGAAUAUGCCGAAGAGAAACGCGAGUCAGAACUCUACAAAGCAAACAAGCAACUCACAGAAGGCCUCGAGGAGUAUGGGGAUGGAAAACUAUCUACGAGAAGCAAUUUGAAGAGACAAAUGCAAGCUAAAAUGGCUACGGAGCUUCUAGAAUUCGACUUAGAACAGGGCCAGGUUAUUCUCCGUCUCUGGAAGGAGAUGUCAGACGUGUUUGUGGAUAUCAGAGAUCUUGACUUUCAAACAUUGGAAGAUUAUUUCAUAUUCCGCGCUGUUGAUGCAGGAUGCCCGUGGACCAUGGCCUUGAUGUGUUUUUCCAUGGAUUUUUACCUCACGGCUGAAGAGACCGCACAAACUUCCAGCAUUACAAGUGCCGCAUAUGAUGCUUGGGUUCUGGUGAAUGACUACUUUUCCUGGGAAAAAGAGCACAAGAACUACGAAUCCAACGGAAGCACCGGCCAGAUUGUUAGCGCAGUCUUUCUUUUCAUGAAGUGGCAUAACAUCGAUCCGACCACGGCUAAGAAGAUGCUCCGGAGUGAGAUUAUUGCUCGCGAGGAAAGGUACUGCCAGCUCAAGGCCGAUUACUUCGCUCGUGGAAACGUGACAAAAAGCAUAAUCAAAUGGUUUGAGUUACUGGACAUUGUGACUGCUGGGAACUUUGCGUGGAGCAUGACCACUGCACGAUACCACGAUGACGUUGAAGAUGCGUAUCCGGGUUUGCGGGUUGUGAGUCAGAAAAAGAAAGCCUCUCAUCCUUUCAGCAGCCUAAGCAAACCAAUCACAUCGCUUACGAUAAUUGCAAAAAGGGAUAAUUUUGUGGGAUUCGAAACCCUUGAUUCCCCGAACAUCCUAGGAUCUAGCACGAAUGGUGAAGCUAGCAAUGCACCCAUCAGCCCUGCGUUAUCAGAAUUCGAGAAUCAAAGAGACGAUACCCCCCUCCAUAUCUCGGAAUUUGAAGAAAUUGCAUUGGAACCCUAUGUCUACCUCAAGUCUCUACCGUCAAAGGGGGUGAGGAAUGCAGCAAUUGAUGGUCUUGACGUCUGGUAUCAAGUCCCGGAACGAUCUGUUAUAAUCAUUCAAGAGAUUGCCGAUUUGCUACACAGUUCCUCCCUAAUGGUUGAUGACAUACAGGAUAACUCACCAUUAAGACGUGGGUUCCCAGCUACGCAUUUGGUUUUUGGCAUUGGCCAGACAAUCAAUUCUGCAAACCUUCUACUGCUGAGAGCCUCAAGGGCUGCGAUGAAACUGUCACCCAAUGCUGCUGCUAUCUUCACAACCAGACUGAUAGAAGGCCACAUUGGCCAGGGAAUGGAUCUACACUGGACAAAUCAGACGGUGGUUCCGACAGAGGAGGAAUAUUUUACUAUGAUUGAUGGUAAAACCGGCGGUUUUUUUGUUCUUGUGGCCGAAUUGAUGCGCUCCGAGGCAACAGUGAACAAAGACCUCGAUGUCUCACCCUUCAUGAAGGCCGUAGGCAGGUUCUUCCAAGUCCGUGAUGACUAUCUAAACCUCCUAGAUGCGGAUGUAUGA